AUGUCACGCCUUCGAUUCUUUCCUGCACCCAAGCAAGUUACCUGCGAACGCCUAUGUUCUGGAUACACCUUCAUCAAAAUUGUCGCAUUGGGAGAAUUCGGCAAUGAACUUUGGCGUCAGAAAACUGAGCUAGUGAAAGGCACAUCGGAGCCACAAUAUGAUCAUUCCGCUAGCAUUCAGUUGCAUCGUCCUGAUUUGGAUGUAUGCACAGUGCGGAUUGAGGUAUGGAGUUCAGUGGGUGUGUUGAGGCGUCGACAGCUAUUAGGUUGGCUGGCACUGGGUUUGAAUUCCAGCUCACCAGAUGCUCAAGAGCAUUGGGAGCAAAUGAUACAGGGAACGGGCAUUACGGUAACCAAAUGGCAUCCAGUUCAUCCACCGGAGUAG